AAUUGGAAAAUGUUUGAGCCUUAUGUGAAAAUCAAGAAAAAGCGAAAUUAUCAUGAAAUCUAUCAAAAUGAGAAUGUCGAUGUAAAUUUGGGGCAAUUGCCGUUGGCGUCGCCGUCGCAGCAACCACUACAACAGCAACAACAACAACAACAACAAGAGAACCAGCAACAGCAACUACAAAGUGAUAAUUGUUGCUGCCAAGGCGGCGAUGAAAAUGUUGUUGCUGCCGCACUAAAUGCACGAACCAGCGGCAGCAACACCAGCACCAGCGUUGUGGCAACAGAAACUGCAGCAAGCAGCAGCAGCAGCAGCAAUUGCAGUCGCCUGCAACAAUUGAUAUCAACGCCUCCAGUAUUGCUGCGCAGAUCGUCGCUGUCAACGUCAACGUCAGCGUCAACGUCGCCGUCGCAACACCCACACGUGGUUAGCACGCCGCCGCCAACACCACCGCAACAGCAGCAACAACAACAACAACAGGCGGUCACAGCACCUUCUGUUUUGCAACAACAUUUGGGUCACCUGAAUUACGAAAGUGGAGCGAGUGCAGCAAGCAGCAGAAGUAGCACAGCAACACUGGCGCAACAUUUGGCAACGCCAAGCAACAUAUUGCAGGCAGCAUUCAAUAGCAACAGCAACAAUUUACAAAACAUUUUAACACGCGCACAAAGUUCCUCAAACGCCGCCUCCACCUCCUCGUUGUCGUCGUCCAAUAGCAACAGCAGUAGCAACAGCAACAACUGCAGCAGCGCCUGUGCGGGCAACACACACUACAACGGCAACAACACUAACAACCACAACAACAAUAGCAUUAUAGCCAGUCGCCUAUUUGGGGCUGCAUCCUCCUCCUCAUCAUCGAGCAGUGCCUCCUCAUCAACGUCAUCAGCAUCAUCCUCGUCGUCCCACCUGCCGUCCCAUCAUCUGCAUAGUCAUCAUUCCGCUCUGACCAAUUCCAUUACAAAUCGCAUAAAUCAGUCCAUACGGCGGCACCUCAAUCAGCAACAGCAUCCACAUCCAACAACAAGCCCCUCAACGUCCUCGAGCUCAUCUUCUUCGUCGUCGUCAUCAUCAUCGUCAUCGUCAACUUCGCCACCGCGUUUGCCUCACUAUCAGCAACAACAAUCGCCGCUGCAUCAGCAACACUUUAAUUGUGCGCAUCCUGCACAACAACAACAUCAACAACAACAACAUCAGCAGCAGCAACACCACAGCAGCUACCAACAACAACAGCCCCAUCAUCAACAUCAUCACCACCACCACAGCAGCAGCAACAACAACAACAGCAAUAGCAGCAGCAGCAGCAACAACAGUAAUAACAACAAUCAACAGCAGCAACAAUCUCCUCUGUGCCUAGUAUUAUUAGUUAAAUGCCCCAAUUCUAAGGAAUUUUGUAACGCCGCCGCAAAUUUCUGUGAUAAAAGAUUGCCGGUUAACGAAUGUCAGGCAAGCCAAACAGCUAGAGUCACCUCGAACCUGCACGCAUCCAGUAGCACGAUGGCGGUCAGUCGUGUACCCUCGCCGCCCUUGCCGGAAGUUAAUACGCCAGUUGCUGAGAAUUGGUGUUACACACAGGUUAAAGUGGUUAAAUUUAGUUAUAUGUGGACCAUAAAUAACUUUAGUUUUUGCCGGGAAGAAAUGGGUGAAGUGCUCAAAUCUUCCACAUUCUCAGCCGGUGCUAAUGACAAACUGAAAUGGUGUUUACGGGUUAAUCCAAAAGGACUUGAUGAGGAGAGUAAGGAUUACUUAUCAUUAUAUUUACUGUUAGUUUCCUGUAAUAAAUCAGAAGUCAGAGCCAAGUUCAAAUUUUCAAUACUGAAUGCAAAACGUGAGGAAACCAAAGCAAUGGAAUCCCAGCGAGCUUAUCGUUUCGUGCAGGGCAAAGAUUGGGGCUUUAAGAAGUUUAUUCGUCGCGAUUUCCUAUUGGACGAAGCGAACGGUCUGCUGCCCGAAGAUAAGCUGACCAUAUUUUGUGAGGUUAGCGUUGUCGCGGACAGUGUGAACAUCUCUGGACAAUCGAACAUCGUACAGUUUAAGGUGCCCGAAUGUAAAUUAUCUGAAGAUCUUGGCAAUCUAUUUGACAAUGAGAAAUUCAGCGAUGUAACGCUCUCAGUGGGCGGCCGCGAGUUUCAGGCGCACAAAGCCAUACUGGCGGCGCGCAGUGAUGUUUUUGCCGCCAUGUUUGAGCAUGAAAUGGAGGAGCGUAAGUUGAAUCGUGUCGCCAUAACCGAUGUGGAUCAUGAGGUUCUUAAAGAAAUGCUACGAUUCAUAUAUACGGGCAAAGCGCCAAAUUUAGAAAAAAUGGCUGAUGAUCUCCUAGCGGCUGCGGAUAAGUAUGCACUCGAAAAGCUGAAAGUGAUGUGCGAGGAGGCGCUGUGCGUCAAUCUCUCUGUAGAAACAGCAGCCGAAACAUUAAUAUUAGCCGAUCUCCACAGUGCGGAUCAAUUGAAAGCACAAACAAUAGAUUUCAUAAAUACUCAUGCCACCGAUGUGAUGGAAACCUCUGGAUGGCAAAAUAUGAUCACAACACAUUCACAUCUGAUAGCGGAGGCAUUUCGUGCGCUCGCAACACAACAAAUCCCACCAAUUGGACCACCAAGGAAACGCGUGAAAAUGAGCUGAAACCACAAUGUAAUCACAGCAACAACAACAUCACCAACAACAGCAGCAACAGCAACAACCAGCAACAGCAACAAUACCUACAACAACAGCAAUAAACAUUUUUUAUUUAUUAAAAUUUUAACGGAAUGCAGCAACAAAUUUAGACGUAAAGCCCAUACAAACCCCGGAUACAACGACAACACAGCCACUACAGCAACAACACCUAACAACAAUAGCAUUAAACAAUACAAAAAAGGAACAGCAACAUUUAUUGUUUCAAUUAAUUUAAUUUUUUUAAACAAUUUGAUGCAUGAUGUAAUUUUACUUUGUAAUUUGUAUUUUAUUUUUUGUUGAUUUAUGAUUACACUUAAUGUUUACAAAUAAUAUAAAGAAUUCUAUAAUCUAAGUUAACUUGAAGCAACAACAACAACAACAAAAUAAUUAAAAGCAAAAGAAGAAGCAUGUAUAUCUAAAUAUAAUAAUUAUAAUGCUAAUAAUAAUUAUAAUAAUAUGUAAUAAAAGAGAAGAGAAAACAAAACGUACGAACGAUGCAGAAAAUAGAAGCAACAACUCGUAACUAUUAUUAAUUAAAGCGUACACUUUGAUUGUGAUGUAUAUUUGAUGAGUAAUGGAUAAUGGAUAAUGAUACGGAUAUGAUAAUGAAGUUGAUUUAUAUACACAGACUGCAUAUAGCUACACAUAUAUGUGUAUAUGUGUGUAUGUAUAUAUGUAGGAGAAGUGCAUAUGUAAACUCUUUCCAAACUAAAUCGAACAUUUAUACAUUUUAUUUUUGUACUUCACACACACGCACACACACACUAUGGUCAGACAGGCAAACAAUCCGCACUAAAAUUAUACCUACAUAUGUGCUACAAGAAACCUUUUGGGGCUUACUUUUCAAAGUCUGCUGGUAUAAUAGUAAAAAUGUGUGUGUAAACUAUUUGCAUGUGUGACCGUAGAAUAACAAACAAACACACACACACACACACACAACUAAGCACAGCAACAAAACGCUUUAACUUUAAAACCUUCUAAGUGCGCCAUAAAACGCGUUGCUGCCUCUUCUCAGGCGGCUUUUGGAGACCACACACACACCAUCGCAAAGACACACACACACACACACACACACACUGAAGGACCAGAAGCCAGCCGCAUCCUGUGUGCCCAACAAAUUUGCAUACCUAUUUAAAAUGAAGCAAACAAACAGCAUAUUGUUAUAAAACAUUGUAGCUAUUUCGUAAAUUUUUUUAUGCAUCUAAGUAUUUAAAAAGCCACUUCUUCUAACUUCUUUUUGUAAUCUAUUUAAUUUUGUUGUAUAAAAAAAUAAGAAAAAACGUAAAAUUAAAAGCAAAAAUUGUCGAAAUAAAACUAAAAAUCA